AUGAUCCGUCUGCGGCCCGUGAGCUCGGUCACGGCGGCGCAGCGGCCCAGCCGGCCGCCCACAACACAAGCGGAGAUCCCCCUGAGCGAGGUCGCGAAGCACGCGACGCGGGACGACGGCUGGAUCGUCGUCGACGGCGUCGUCUACGACAUCACGAACUUCGUGCAGAACCACCCGGGGUGGAGUUUCGGCGGGUCCACGUCGACGGCGUUGGCCAUCGAACGCGUGCUCGGGUCGGACUGCACCGACGAGUUCGCGGAGACGCACGACAAGCACCAGACGAAGAUGCUGCGCGACUACGCGAUCGGCACGCUC